CUGCCAGGACCACAUCCGCGAGAAACCGUGAGUCGCCAUUCGCUCUGAACUGCUCCGAAGCCGCACCAUGAACCUGAAACUCUUUCUGAUCGUAUCGCUGCUGCUGGUCGGCGUAUUCCUGGGCCAGACGGAGGGCCGACGCUUCAAGAAGUUCCUCAAGAAAGUCGAAGGAGCCGGCCGUCGCAUCACGAACGCGGCUCAGAAGGGCCUACCGGUGGCGGCGGGCGUGAAAGGUCUCGUUGGCUAGGGCGCCGUCCCGUCUGUCGCCGUGCUCCUCCCGACACUCAGACACAGAACACAGUCUGCCUGACGUCUGGCGACACGGUAUCAUUGCCUCAGACCUCCUCCUCCGACCUCGUGAAGUAAUGGCGAACCUAAUAAAGUCGUCUCGCCGCACCGCGCUGGCUCGUUGUGAGUGCCUCUAA